CUUGUACAAAGUUUUUCAAUAAUCUCAAAAAAUGAAAAUGAAUUUGCUAAAAAACCAUGCAUUUUUUCCAUGCUUCACUAUUAUCGUAGUAGCCCUAACCCUUGCUAAUAUGUGUCAUGCACAAAAUUCACCACAAGACUAUGUUAACGCCCAUAAUGCUGCUAGGGCCGCGGUGGGUGUUGGUAACAUACGAUGGGAUGAACGUGUGGCGGACUAUGCCCGGCGAUAUGCCAACCAAAGAAGAGGUGAUUGCGUUAUGCAACAUUCUGUCGGGCCUUACGGGGAGAAUCUCGCUUCAGGGAGUGGUGCGUUUAUGACCGGCACAGCCGCGGUCAAGUUAUGGGUGGAUGAGAAGGUUAAUUAUAACUAUAAUUCCAAUACUUGUGCUUCAGGUAAGGUGUGUGGACAUUAUACUCAAGUGGUUUGGCGUAACUCGAUUCGUGUUGGUUGUGCUAGGGUUCGAUGUAACAAUGGUUGGUUUUUCGUCACUUGUAACUAUGACCCGCCGGGUAAUUGGGUCGGCCAACGACCUUAUUAAACUUCCCAUUAAACUUGAUAAAUAAAUUGUGUGAUUCAGCUCGAUCAUUAAAUAAUUUGGUGAUAAUCACUUAACAAAAUACACAACCUAUUAAUAUUUAUACUCACUCAGUCUCAUUUUACUUGCCCCAUGCCGACCAAUAAACUCACACAAAGUUUGGUCAAAGACAAGUAAAAUGAGACGGGAGUAAUCAAACAAAUAUUGUACUUCAUUCUCGUGUUUGUUAUAUUCCUAGCUCGAUCGAUCUUGUUGUAAAAUAAAAUGUAAUACGGAUCAAGUUCUUGAUUAUCAUGUACUAUAUAUGAAUAAAAAUAAAUCGAUGAAGUAUGAAACAACAAUAUAAAAGCUCAUUGAAGUUGUUUGAUGUGCAA